UGGAAACGGAAGUGAUGUCAUCACGACACAAGCACCAUCAAACGUACACAACAAAGAUGGCGUCUCCCGACGAAAGUACAGUGAGUGUUUCACACGUGGGGAAGAAGAAAAAGGCGCCCUCCCGUUACUGGCAGGAGCUGCAGAAAGAGAAAGAUGAGGCGAAAGAUGCCGGGGCUGGCGAAGGAAACAAGGAGCCGACCACGGAGGAGGCAGAAGAAUCAAACACACCGAAACAGAAGAAGAGAAAAUUUAAAGAAAAACGGGAUCAAAAUCAGGACAAGAAAUGUAUAUCAGGGAAAUCUGACCCCUUUCCUGGGAAAGCACGUAUCCCAGAAGAUAGGUUGCAAAAAUUCAAAAGGAAAGAAAAAAUUAAAAAGCCGCCACAUCAGCAUUACAAACUCAGAACAAUGAUAGCUCGCUCUGAAGAAGCUUCAGAAAUGGCCCAGAAGCAAGCGGCUCGUUUUGACCUCCUGCUCCCAGAAGAAGCUGGUUUUCUAGAAGGUGAUGAAGGUGAGGACACAUGUUUGGUCUCACAGGAGGAUAUUGCAAAUGCAGUGGAUAUAACAUCUGGAGCCAAGCAUUUUCAUCUCAAGUUGUCUCAGUUUGGACCGUAUAGAAUAGACUACAGCAAGACUGGACGACAUUUGCUUAUAGGAGGGAGAAAAGGCCAUGUGGCUUGUAUAGAUUGGCAGUCCAAACAUCUAAUGUGUGAGAUAAAUGUCAUGGAGUCUGUCAAUGAUAUCAAGUGGCUGCACAGCGAGAGCAUGUAUGCCGUGGCCCAGAAGAAGUGGCUCUACGUUUACGACUCCAAUGGAAUUGAACUUCACUGCAUUCGCAAGUUCAAUGAUGUCCUUAGGAUGCAGUUUCUCCCAUAUCAUUUUUUGCUUGCCACGGCGAGUUCUACGAGUUUCUUGCAGUACUUGGAUGUGUCGGUGGGAAAGGAGGUGGUGGCCAUCAACACCAAAACUGGACGACUUGAUGUGAUGUGUCAGAACCCCCAGAACGCCAUAAUCCACCUCGGUCACCCUAACGGCACAGUCACCCUCUGGUCACCGAAUCAGAAAGAAGCUCUUGUAAAGAUGCUGUGCCACCAAGGGGCAGUGCGCUCCCUUGCCGUGGAAAAGAAUGGAACGUACAUGGUAACAUCUGGAAUGGAUAAAAAGCUAAAAGUCUACGACAUUAGAGCCUUCAAGCCCCUCAAAUCUUACUUCCUCCCAGCUGGAGCUUCGUGUUUGUCCCUAAGUCAGAGGGGACUCCUGUCUGCGGCCACGGGUGACAUUGUGCAGGUGUACAGGGAUGUGUGGAGCACACCAGUCACUAAACCAUACAUGGCUCACAGAGUUCGAGGGACAGUGUGGGGGCUACACUUCUGUCCCUUUGAGGACGUGCUUGGUGUUGGACAUCAAGACGGCUUCACCAGCAUGCUGGUGCCAGGGGCUGGAGAGCCGAACUUUGAUGCUUUGGAUGCAAAUCCAUUCCGCAGUGCCAAGCAGAGACAGGAGUGGGAGGUUAAAGCCCUGCUGGAGAAGAUUCAGCCGGAGCUCAUCAGCCUGGACCCAACAGAGCUGGGACAUGUUGACCGAGCUACCUUUGAACAAAAACAUGAAGACCGAGUCAAAGCUCUGGGGUUUGAUCCACUUGCAAAAGUAAAAUUCAUUCCCAAGUUUAAGAAAAAAGGCCGUAGUUCUGCUGGCCAUGUGGAAAAACGCAAGAAGCAGGUGGCUCAUGAGGACCAGAGGGACAUCAUCAGAAAAGCCAUGGAGGACAAAAGGAAAACUGAGGAAGAACGAAAGAACAAGGAGCAAAAGAAGACGCUGAUGUUGAGCCAGAAGUCCGCACUGGAUAGAUUCAAAAAGUAGAAAAGUCCCUUUGUUGUUGCAUGACAUUCAGUGGGGACUGACCUUUGAACUUCACAUAAAGCAUCGAUGUUUUCCUGCUGCAGCCAACACAGCAACUACAGAGAAACCAGACGUAGGAGACGAAUACGAUCUUUUAUCCUGACAGGAAAUAGCUCAUUGAAAAACAAGUGGAGAAGGGAGUCUAUCUUUUUACAUUUACAGUAAAUGAAAACAGAAAACAGUCCAGACAUAUGUUGUCAUGGAAACAUUGUGCUAUGACAUUGUCUAAUUGGUUUUCCAUGGAUACUAAUAAACACAUUUUUCAGUAUUUUUUGUCAGAUUUAA